CCGAAUAUUUCCAGGUUAAACGCGUGUGGCGUUCCCAAAGGCGAUCCAAAGUUACAGGCAAAUUUUAGGACGACUUCUUGUUGUAUGGAUGUUUGUUGUAUGUGUUCUAUGGAUCUGUCGACUGCUAACUUUGAAGUGGAGCUCUGUCGAGUGAGUAAUAAACCAACGUUCAGCUGUGUCACGACGAUAUUAAUUAUAUCUUUAGUUUUGUAACUUCAUCCCUCCCAUGUUGAGGGAGCAUUAACCAAAGCUAUAAGCUAGCUGUCAGACUUGAUAGAUAACAGGAUGUCUGCUCUACCACUGUCCUGCUGGACUAAACUCCUGCUGAGGCCACAGAACAUGGGGACACUUCUACAGAAGAGUGUUUGCGUUUGUCCAAACCGAGAGUCCAGGCGUCACAGCUCUGGACAGCAGAGAAGGAGGGUGGUUAUCACUGGCAUAGGGUUGGUGUGUCCUCUGGGCACAGGGACUGCUCUGCCCUGGGACCAGCUGAUUAAAGCCCAGAGUGGGAUUGUUGCUCUGGACUCAGAGGCGUAUAAGACUGUUCCCUGUAAAGUGGCCGCUCUGGUAACCAGAGGGACAGAGGAGGGUCAGUUUAAUGAGGAGAAGUUUGCCUCUCGGGGGGAGAUCAACAGCAUGUCACCAGCCACUGUGAUGGCUCUCGGAGCUGCUCAGCUCGCCCUGGAGGACUCGGGGUGGUACCCCAAAGCCCCAGAGGACCAGUUCAACACAGGGGUGGCUGUUGGCAUGGGCAUGGUGUCACUGGAUGAGAUUGCUCGCACCGCCGCUGCCUUCCAAGAGAAGGGCUACAACAAAGUGAGCCCCUUCUUUGUGCCCCGCAUUCUCGUCAACAUGGCUGCUGGGCACAUAAGUAUCAAACACAGAUUGAAGGGUCCCAAUCAUGCCGUGUCCACGGCGUGCACAACAGGCGCGCACGCUAUAGGCGAUGCUGCCAGGUUCAUUGCCCAUGGGGAUGCAGUUGCUAUGGUUACAGGGGGAACAGAGUCCUGUGUAGGGCCUCUGUCAAUAGCUGGGUUUGCAAGGGCGCGUGCCCUCGCCACCAAAUGGAAUGACAACCCUGCGCUGGCAUCAAGACCUUUUCACCCAGAGAGGGAGGGCUUUGUGAUGGGCGAAGGAGCCGCUGUGCUCCUGCUGGAGGAGCUGGACCACGCAGUGAAGAGGGGGGCCCGGAUCUACGCAGAGGUCCUGGGCUAUGGACUUUCAGGGGACGCUAGCCACAUCACUGCACCCACUGCAGACGGGGAUGGUGCAUUCAGGUGCAUGUCUGCAGCCCUCAGAGACGCCGGUGUCUCACCAGCAGAUGUAACGUAUGUGAAUGCUCACGCCACAUCCACGCCGCUGGGUGACGCAGCUGAAAACGCCGCCAUCAAGAGGCUCUUCCAGCAAAGCGUUGACAGCCUGGCCGUGUCCUCCACCAAGGGAGCCACAGGACAUCUGCUCGGAGCAGCCGGGGCCCUGGAGGCAGCGUUCACCGCUCUAGCCUGCUACCAUGGAGUCCUGCCCCCGACUCUCAACCUGGACCGCACCGAGCCACAGUUCGACCUGAAUUAUGUUCCCUGCACCGCGCAGUCAUGGCAGACUCGGGGCCGACGGGUCGCCCUCACAAACUCCUUUGGGUUCGGCGGCACCAACGCGUCACUGUGUCUCGCCAGCGUCUGACAACACACUGAGACUAAUUCUUGACUUUUUAUUUGAAAUCAGAUGUGAGAAGAGCUCUACCACUGUCCUGCUGGAUUAAACUCCUGCUGAGGCCACAGAACAUGGGGACACUUCUACAGAAACUGCAAAGAUUAAAAUUUCCGAGGAAAGCUCUUAACCCUUGUAAAGUUUUAUUGUUGAUGAUGUUUUUUAUGCCUCCGCACGGCGACGGCCAGAGCCACAUAUUCUUUUCAGGUUGUCCGUCUCUCUCAUUCUCAUGGACACAAUAUAACACCUCAACAAAACUUUUGUACAAACCUUCACUUGGACUUAAGGAAUAACUGAUUACACUUUGGUGGUCAAAGGUCAAAGUUCAAGGUCAUGGUGACCUCAAAAAACAUGGUUUUGGUCUUGUUUAGUAAUAUCUCAAACACCUUGAGAGAACGUCUUCAAAUUUGGCACAAAACUUUCACCUGGACUCGAGGAUGAACUGAUUAAGUUUUGGUGGCUAAAGGUCAAAGGUUAAGGUCAGUAUGACCUCACAAAACACUUUAUAGCCUUUACUCAAGACUACACACAGUAAUUAUGACACAUUUUUACACAUAUGAUUAAUAUUUUUCUGACUCUGGAUAAACAGGGAUGUAACCUGAAACUAGUCUGAGCGGCGGAGGGAUACAACUGCGAGGAAGUAGUUCUAGUUUUGGACAUGACAUUGAUCCAAUUUACAUGUAGUUAGCAUCAAAAGAAGCUAUUCUGUAGUAGAAGAAGUAUUAUGGUUUCUAUCAGGGAAAGCUGUACAGAAAUUGUGGGGUUUGUUCUGCUCACCGAUAUUUGCAAUUUGUGGCAGCAAGCUUAAACCAGGCUGCACUUAAUCCUCACUCAUUAACACUGCUGAUAAAUUGAUCUGAUCAAUCUGUCAUUGUCUUUCAUCGAGAAAAUAUCAGAAAAUAGUGAAAAAUGCACUGUAGAACCAAAAGUGACAUUUUCAAAUGUGGCGUUUAUUCAGUUAAUGAAGUUACAAUGAUAAAAAGCAGAAAAUGUCAAGUUUAAACAAGGUUUUUUCUGCUUGAAAAUGGAUUUGGAGGUGAUAUGGCUUUGACUGUGACUGGAACCUAUGUGACAUGAUUUUACAAGGUCCAGUUUCUAUGUCUAUUAUUUGAUCAUUAAAAAAAAAAAAACUG